CGUUGCCAAUGCAGCAGCAGCAGCAGUUAUCGGUGUGACCAGCUCAAGUGUGUGUAUCGUUGUUUGUGUGGUUCAAAUAGUAGAAGAAAUAACGCCAGCAGCAAACAAAAACCGUUGCCUACUUUCGAGCGCCAAUUUAAAUCGCCAAGCCGAAGGCGAAGCAAAGAGUUUGCCGGCAAAAGUGCAUGAAUGCGUUUGGCAAAAACAAGUUCUAAAGUAUUUUUUAAUGAUACAAAAAGUGAACUACACGGUGAAAGGUGAAAGAGUAUAGCGAAAAAUAAAAAAAGUGCAAAUAAAAGAAAAUUACAUUUUUAAAUCCAAGGAAUAAACAUUUGGGCCAUCAGAAUACACAGAGAGAACCAGCGAAAGAGUCGCCUUCAAUGGAUGAUUUUGCGUCGCUAGCUCAACAACAACAACAACAACAGCAACAGGGACAACAAGGACGCAAGCAACAAUAAGUGCGGACAACAAGAGCAACAACUGGUCCUCGUCAUGUUGUCAACGUAAUGAAAACGAAACACAAAACUUGCAUUUCGGUUGCCACAGCGAGCAGUGAAAAAAUGAAGUCCGUCAUCCUUUAUCCAUAUGGACCGCUAACUGGUGGCACUCGCUGCUGUCGCAUGUUGCAUGCCAAAAAUUUGGCCAUAACAAGUGCAAUUUACACAAUUAACAUUUCACUGCUAAUUGUCUUGAUAUACUCGUGGCGCAUCAAUGUGAACAUGCAUAAAUCUGCCGACCUGCAGGACGUCUACUACGGUGUGCAAAUUGCAUAUUUUGCCAUAAUUGGCACACAAAUGUCGAUGAUAUUGCUCAGCAUUGUGUUGAUAUUUGGCAUAUGUCGGGAAAACCCUGGCCUAAUUGUACCCUGGAUAAUUGGCUAUAUUACGUUUAUGGCCUUGGAAGCUGUCGCCAUGGUUUACUCGAAUGUUCUGCGUGAUCAUGUGAAUAAGCAAUUCGAUGCCAUGUGUAAAGCCGAGGUUGCGUUUUUUAUCGCUCGUGCUUUUAUCAAUGUGCUUGCCAUGUGGGGCGUGCUCCGCUUCUACAAUCUGGUGCGUUCAGGAAUUACAUGGCGCGGACCAGAGGCCAAGACUGCCAUUUUUGCUCCGAUGUACAAGAGCGUAAGCACUCACAGCAAAUCCUCGCCAGCGCAUCUCGAGAGCAAGAGAUCAAAGCGACAGCGACGCUACAGUGUUGAGGUGGAAAGCGGUUGCUGUGCCAUCUUUGACUUUGACUUUGACUACGACGAGGAAGAUGACGAUGAUGCAGAUGAGGAUGCCGUGGGCUACGAUUAUGAUGACUACUACGAUUACUAUGACGAUGAGGAUGAGCAGCAGCUGGAGCUGGAGCAGCAGGAUGAUGCCGAUUGCAGCAUGCUAGGCGCCAGAGUGCACAAGACGCGCACACGCAGUGCCACACUGAAGGUCAAGGGUCAGCGAGGUCAGCGUCAACGCACCAAUAACAAUAUACGCAGUGUGCUGAUAAAUAAAAGACACAACAAGUAUAAGAUCAGUAGACCGCAGACGCAGCUGGAGGUGAUCAAUGAGUCGGAGCGAAGUGCGGGCAGCGGCAGCGAUGAGAAUGACUCGCUGCUGGUGGCCUAUGACAGCAGCUCGUCGCUGGCGUCGGUUUGAC